CCGUGGGGGAAAAAAAAGACUGCAAAAUAGGAGAGCAGGAAAGUUCCUUCUGUCUUUCUUUCUCUUUGCCCUUUUCUUUGUUCUUCCCUGCCUUCAGUGUCUCUUCUCAUCUGUAACAGCCACCAUCUCAUUCCCAAUUGGCCUGUUAUUUUUAUGUUAUUCUUAUUGUCCUUUGUGUGUGAAUGAAGAAUUGUAUGUAUCCCUGUCUACAUUCUGGUGUCUUCCCUUUUGUCUUGUACUUGCCUUGUUUUGAUGGUUCCUUAUGUUCAGUUUCCAGGCUUUCUCUGAGAAAUGCCAGCUACUCCAGUGGACAGGACUCUCACGUACCUGGAGGAAUAAGAAUCAGGAAGACCAGAACAGCUGGUCCAUCUUCCCAUGACAGACUUGGCUCCCAUCCUUUUGUGUGUGUUUGGUCUUGAUUAUUAUAGAAAACAAACUGAAGAAAUGUAAUUUCAUAACUAUUUGUUUGCCAUAGAGUGUGAAGUUCCCUUUUCUGUCUUUUUUAAACUGAUCCAUUCUCUAGGUUAUUUGCUCUUUCUCAUGCUGUUGACUUAUCUUCUUGAAGAUAUAAUCUAGAAAAAAGGGAAGCCCUAGUAUGAGGUUUUUUGGCCAUUUCUUAUAAUUCUGACUCUUAUUAUUUCCUCUGAGUAAAGUGCUCUGAUACUCUGCCCAUCACUCUCAAGAGGAUUUGGAUUGCCAUUUAGCAUAUGAGCUAAAAGAAGGUAAUGGAAAAGGGGGAAAAGUUACAUAUAAGUGAAUAGAUCUUAGAUUUCUGUUUGUGUAGGAAGAGAUCUGAGUUCUGAUUUUAGCAUUUGUUCCCAGGAAAAAGUUUCCAGAAUUAGGUAAGUAAGGAGAAUGCUCAGAGCAUCCUGAUAUAGCCUUCAAUGCUAUCUUCAACCUCCCAGCUAACUAGUUUUUUUUUUGUAUUUGUCCAAUGGGGUCACUUUGAUCUUAUAGACUUAAUUGUGCAUAUGGUAGACAGAAAAAGAAGAGGAGAAGGAACUGUUUUCCCCCCGUCAGGUUUUCCCUUCCUACUCCCAUGAGUUUAGGUCAUUCAUCCCUUUGUCCUUCAGACCAUAUGUGCUCAGUCCCCUCACUGGACUCCGAAGCAGGUCCAUUUUCGUAUGUCACUCUCCCCUCCAUGCCCACUGCAGUUCAGUGUGAAGAUUUUCCCUCAGAUGUGUCACUGAAUGAUGCCAUGGGAAGCAGAGCUUCUGCUGAUAAGCGUGGGACCAUCUGCUUGGCACAUCGCAAAUAUUUUCAGUCGUGGGAGAGCAGCCCUUUAUUUCAGUAGAGAAAGGAGGCUCCAGCCAUCCUCCAAGGAGUGACUGAGGCUGGAGAUCCUCCACCUGGAGGUGGGGGAGGAGGGGGAGCCUGCCCUUCUGGACGGAUGCCUCAGAACACUGAAGAGGAUCCUGCCCAUGAGCAUCUCUGGACUCUCCCAUGAGAUAAGAUUAUUCUUCUAUAAAAUCUCUCUGAGCAUGGAGCCAUUUACCAUUAUUCUUUGGGGUAGAAGAAACUUUUUUUACUUCAGUGUCCUCCUCUGAAGAGGAACCUCAGUUAUCCCUGUUCCCAAUAGCUCGCUGAUUGUAUGGCAUAUUUGUGGAACUGUUCCCAGAACAGAAGCCCCCCUCUGAGACCCCCUCAUGGAUGAAGCAAACCUGACAUCUCUCGUCCCUGAAGCACUGGGGAAUACUUCCAGCCACAGGAACACUUCCACGGGAGAUGUGGAUCGGAAAAUCCCAAUCGUGCACUGGGUCAUCAUGAGCAUCUCCCCCCUGGGCUUUGUGGAAAAUGGAAUUCUUCUGUGGUUUCUCUGUUUCCGAAUGAGGCGGAACCCCUUCACCGUCUACAUCACCCACCUGUCUAUUGCCGACAUCUCUCUGCUCUUUUGUAUCUUUAUCUUAUCGGUUGACUAUGCUCUAGAUUACGAGCUCUCUUCUGGGUACUAUUACACCAUUGUUACUUUGUCGGUGACCUUUCUGUUUGGCUACAACACGGGCCUCUACCUCCUGACAGCCAUCAGCGUAGAGCGUUGCCUGUCGGUCCUGUACCCCAUCUGGUACCGCUGUCACCGGCCCAAGCACCAGUCCGCCUGUGUCUGUGGCCUCCUCUGGGCCCUUUCCUGCUUGGUGACCACUAUGGAGCAUGUCAUGUGCAUAGACAUUGGAAGGAAGGGCCAUUCCCAGAGUGACUGCAGGGCCGUCAUUAUUUUCAUCUCCAUUCUGAGCUUCCUCGUGUUCACGCCUCUCAUGGUGGUCUCCAGCGUGAUCCUGGUGGUGAAGAUCCGCAGGAAUAGCUGGACUUCUCACUCAUCCAAACUCUACAUAGUCAUCAUGGUCACCAUCAUCAUCUUCCUCAUUUUCGCCAUGCCCAUGAGACUCCUUUACCUCCUGUACUACGAGUACUGGCCAACUUUUGGCAACAUGCACCAUAUUUCCCUUCUCUUCUCCACCAUCAACAGCAGUGCAAACCCUUUUAUUUACUUCUUCGUGGGCAGCAGCAAGAAGAAACCAUUCAAGGAGUCCUUAAAAGUCGUCCUCAACAGGGCUUUCAAAGAUGAGAUGCAAGUGAGACGCCAGGAAGACAACCCUGAUGCGAUCGCUGUGGAGACAGUGGUCUGAAGCUCAGGGUCUUCCUCUUGGGGAUUUGUGCUGCUUGGUGCACAUCUCCUGCACAAUCCCUGGAACUCACUGUAACCUGAUUUUAUAUAUGGGAUAGCGGGCGUCCUUACCAGAUGCAGGUAGAUGAUUGGAUUGUACCCUUGAGCCGUGACUUCUGGACCUGCCUUUGCUUAUGUCACGCCUCCAUUAAUUUUGUACCUUCCUCUACUCUCUAAGAUUGUGUGAUGGCAUUAUCCCAAGGAGCUGUAAGAUAAGACUUUUAGAUGAAAAAUUUACAAAUAUUCCCAGAAAAAAACCGACAGAAGUAUUUGUUAGAAGUUGGAUUCUUUUGAAAUAGUAAAAGGAAAAAAGGAAAAAAACCCUAGUUUUAUCAUGUAUACUUUAUUGUUUUAAAGGUUUUAUUUUAAAUACAUUUUUCCCUUGUAGUAUUUAAACCUAAUAGAGAAAAAUUGAAAUUUUAUGCAGCUUCUGCAAACUUGAACUGGUAACUCCUAAUAUGUUAGGCAAUAAUCUUAGGGUAGCAUCAUAUAAUAGAUAGAUGGAUGGUCUUAGGAUUAAGAAAGCCUGUGUUUAAGUUCGAUUUCUGAUGUGUUCUAGUUGUGUCAACACAGGAAAAUCACUUAAGUUCUCAGUGUCCCAGGCAAUCAUCUAAGACUAUAAAUUUACAUGAGUUGUUGAUCUGUGCCAAUAGAAGGACUUUCCACACUAGGAGCUUUCCACAAUGGUAAGAUUGGGGGAAGGGGGGGGAGGGAACAAUUGGAGUAUGAACCUCUCUCCCCAGUUAGAGGAUAAAACCCUAUAGCUUUUUUUGGAAGAAAUCUUGAUUUAAAGAAUUGUAUUUUUGAGUUCUUUGUAUUGUAUAUAAACAUUGAUAAAUAGAAUUAGAUAUAUCCAUCCAUGAGAUUGAAUGAAAUGAUUUUUCAUUUAUGGAAGGAGACUUUUUCUCAGAGCCAGUUUCCCUUCAGCUCUAUCUCUCCAUCUAAGACAUUUCCUUGCUGAUUUUUUUUUUUUCUGGAAGAAGUCAUGUGGUAGGGGAGAGCACAAGGUAGUAUCAUGGGGAAAUGAUGUUGGUAGGCAGGAAACAGGACUUUUUUCCCCCAAGAAUUUCCCCAGCAUCAUUGCCCAUUCCCCAUCAUUUCAGAACUCAUCUACAAGGAUAUACAACUAUUUCAAUACUGUCUGCACUAUCUUGGACUGCAUGUCCUUAUUAUUAGUUGUAAUGUGUGAAAUGUGCAAUUUAGAGACUCCAUGCUAUGUUAACUUGCCUUCUGUCCCCUUUUCCAAAAACCUCAUAGAGAUAAAGUGUUUCAAGUGGCAAUUUGACCGAGUAAAAUAAUUACAUUCUUAAAUGAGGCUUAUUAGUUUUUGUUUUAAUUACAUGUUCCUAAAAGGAUGAUAGGAGCAAUGAUGAAAGACACUAUUAUUAUGGUCUUUCUUCUCCAAUGGCCUUCUCCAAGAAAAUAAGGAUGGCUCUUUUCAGGAGGGGUAGCCUCAGAGGGCUGAGCUAGAAUCUUUCGUGCCAUGACCAGCUUCAUCCCAACUGCCAACAAAGUUCAGCUCCAAGGCUCUUAACAGUGAGUGACAACAUCUGAUUCACAGAGAAGGCAGCUUGAUUCUUAGAGCCCAGAUGGGGUGUGUGGUGGUGACAUUUAGAAUGGACUUGUUUUUGAGGGAAAACAUGGCAUCUUCACAGAGAAACUGCAGAAUAAAUAAUGGAGAACUAGGGAACUGUUUUCUCACUCUCACCAAAUCAUAGAAGACAGUAUUAGUUUCAAAGCAGAAUGGCUCAAAACUAUCUUUUCUCAAAGGGAUUUUGGAGUUUCUUGAAACAUUUCUAAGGGAAAUUUGGAAAUGUUAAGCUAUACUUAAUUCCAUCCUUCAAAUAAGGUAAAGUUGAAUAUGAAUGUGAACAGGAAUAUAUAACCUUUUAACAAUGCUGCUAUAAAGAACUGGAAUUCAGGUUUCAGAUUAAUCCUUCAGUGUUGAGAAAUCAACUGAUUUUCCUUCUUUCUAUAUCUCCUUCUAUCCUCUCCUAAGGGUGCUGGUAAAUAUUUAAUGAUCAGCUUUGGGGCAAACAUAUAUAUGCUAGCAUAUACUUUUCAAUUUAAUCUACUGUAUUAGAUUUUCUCUGUUACUUUCUUAAGUCUAGAAAAUCAACAAAACAAGAUAACCCUGAUUUGUAAGGUUUCUUGAUUUCUGGGGUAUAAAUACUCACACUAAAAAUUUAAAAAUAAAUUCUCAAGCUUUCCAGUUGUCGCCAGCAUAUCUCUAAUUCUCUUCCCACUUCACCCAUUGCCUUCCAAGUUAAAAAAAAAAUGAAUUGUCAACUGCAAACUACAAAAGAUAAUAUACCAGAAAACUUAGACAAAGUAGGUGAACAACAAGUAAAUAAUCUUUUCAAAAUUUCACAUGUAGAAGAAGGUCUAUUAUAUCUGCUAUUGUUAGGGUACACAGACCUACAUCAUUGUAAACACUUAUUUCCCUUGCUAGAAUAGAAUGUAAGCUCUUUGUGAGUAGGAUUUGUUAUUUCCUUUGUACAUAUAUUUCAAACACUUAGCACAGUACCUGGUCCAUAAGUGGCAUUUAAUAAAUGUUUAUUUAUCAA